AUGUUUGGAAUAAUAGCGGCAGGACGACAAAUGCAGGCAGUUAAUCAAAUUGAAGCGACCAAGUUCGUUCUUUCAAUUGAAAAUUCGGCAAAAAUACAUCACAUUGUGGUCUUUUUACUACCAAACAUGAAUCUAGACCCAAACGUUGCAGCGUCAGUAUAUUUCCAGCUGCCAGGGAAAGAUUUCCAACUAUUAGGAGCGAUUUCCAACGAUAAGCCAUCAGCAAUUUUUAAAAUCAACAACAAUGUGCUCAAGCCAUCGAGCGGGGUGUAUGACCUGGACGAUAUGAUGGAUGUGGGCGAUGGCGUUGCGGAUCCCAAUUACGUCAUCAACAUUGGUAUUUCGCUGGAACCCAUGAGUUCUGUCGAGCAAGCCAUGGCCGCGCAGAAGCAACAAACUGCGCUACCGUCAAAUGUUCCCAUUCCAUCAAUUGCAGAGUCCAAUGCGUCGUCAAAUCCAAUGGUCGUUGGGCAAGUCGCAACCAAAAUAUACGAGAACGCAUACAACUUUAUGGGCGGGUUUAUUACGCCUGACGGGCGGGUACCCAUGAAAGCUUUUGAAGAGUGGUGGAACAAGUUCCGGACCAAAAUUCAAAAUAACCCGAGAUAUUUAGAAGAGUCGUCAUAA